AACCCCAUUAAUUUAAUGCGCCUCUCACUUCCCACUCUGUAGACACUGCUACCUACUCUCUCUACUCUCUUAGCUCUGUCUUUCUCUGCAAACACUGUGCUGUCAGUUGCUGUUGUGGAGAUAUAUAAUGGUGGUGGCUGUGAUGGAGGAGGUGCACCGGAGUAGCUGACCCUAGGACAUUCCUUAUUAUAUAAAAAAAAAAGGAAAAUCUUGUUUUUGCCCUUUGUCAUUCGCGUGCCCCCUUUUUAAGCCUAGUGUCAGUCGUCAGAUCUCUCUCUUUCUACAUGUUUAAGUUUGUUAGUGUUUUUCUCGAAAAAUUAAUUUUCUUUGCAGUCUCAAGUCUAAUCUCUCAUUUCUGUCUUUGCUCUCUCGUAUUCUGUUCCGUUCCUGCUCGUUCCUCUCUCUCUAGCUAGGCAGGCAUCUUUCUCCCUCUCCUCCAGGGUUUGUUUUAGCCCUUUUCAAUUCCCAUUUUAUAUAAAUUAACAGUAUUACAUUCGAGAUGCGUCGAAAAAGAAGUUCGGUUUCAACCACUUGAAGAAGAAUGUGAAGGAGAUUGAUGCCAUGUUCUGCUAUGUUUCAGAUACAGUAUGAAGAGUUCAAGGCAAUGGAAAGUGGUGUCUACACCUAGAAAUGAAGGAGAGGCAGCGUUGGAGAGCUGAGGAGGACGCUUUACUACGUGCAUACGUGAAACAAUAUGGUCCAAGGGAAUGGAAUCUUGUAUCACAGCGCAUGAACACACCCCUAAACAGGGAUGCUAAAUCUUGCUUAGAAAGGUGGAAGAACUACCUCAAACCAGGGAUAAAGAAAGGAUCUCUUACAGAAGAAGAGCAGAGUCUUGUCAUUCGGCUUCAGGCGAAACACGGGAACAAAUGGAAGAAAAUUGCAGCUGAAGUUCCAGGUCGAACAGCUAAGAGACUAGGCAAGUGGUGGGAGGUGUUCAAAGAGAAGCAACAGAGAGAGCUGAAGGAAAAUAACAAGACAGUUGAGCCAAUUGACGAGGGCAAGUACGAUAGGAUUUUAGAGACUUUUGCUGAGAAGCUAGUGAAAGAGCGCCCUUCUCCAGCAUUUGUAAUGGCCACUUCGAAUGGGACCUUUCUUCAUCCGGACCCCCAUCCCCAUCCCCAUCCCCCUCCCCAUCCCCAUCCAUCUACUCCAGCACCAACUAUGCUCCCCCCUUGGCUUUCUAAUUCUAACAGCACCUCCACUGUCAGGCCACCAUCCCCCUCUGUAACGCUAAGCCUCUCUCCAUCAACAGUUGCGGCAUCCCCUCCAAUCCCAUGGCUUCAACCUGAGAGAGGUCCGGAAAACACUCCUCUUGUUUUGGGCAAUUUGCCACCUCAUGGAAUAGUCCCUGUUUGUGGUGAGAGCUUCUUGAUGUCUGAGUUGGUCGAUUGCUGUAGAGAAUUGGAAGAAGGGCACCGCGCUUGGGCUGCACACAAAAAGGAGGCUGCCUGGAGGCUAAGAAGGGUAGAGUUGCAGCUGGAGUCAGAGAAGUCAUGCCGAAGGAGGGAGAAAAUGGAAGAGAUAGAGUCAAAGAUCAAGUCUCUUAGGGAAGAAGAAAAGGCAUCUCUUGAUAGGAUUGAAGCAGAGUACAGGGAACAAUUAACAGGGCUUAGAAGGGAUGCAGAAACCAAGGAACAGAAAUUGUCCGACCAGUGGACUGCAAAGCAUUUGCGUCUUACUAAGUUUCUCGAACAGAUGUCUUGCAGACCUAGGCUUUCUGAGCCUAAUAGUCGUUAAGGAGAUAUCUUACGUCCAGCUGUAUCAGGUCUACAGUUUGGUAAACACUGGGUCGUUGCUCUUCCUUUCAUUUUCUCUGUUUGAUCUGAUGUCCAUCCUCUUCAGAAACUCUUAUCUGUUAGCAUCUAUUUAUAUUUUCAUGACUGCUUAUGACUUGGACUGCGUGGAUUAAAGUUAGUAUAAGCGUGAUCAACCCUGUCUUGCAUUCUAUCUCUCUUUUUCAGAAAUAUAUAUCAUAAUUAUAUUUUGCUGA